AUGACGUGGGAAAACUGGACAAUUGUCAGUGAGUUCAUUCUUGUGAGCUUUUCAACCUUGUCCUCUGAGCUACAAGCUCUACUGUUUCUCCUUUUUUUGACUAUUUACCUGGUUACCCUAAUGGGCAAUGUUCUCAUCAUCCUGGUCACUACAGCUGACUCUUCUCUACAAAAUCCUAUGUACUUCUUCCUCAGGAACUUGUCCUUCUUGGAGAUAGGCUUCAACUUGGUCAUUGUGCCCAAGAUGCUGGGGACUCUGAUAAUCCAAGACACAACCAUCUCCUUCUUUGGCUAUGCCACUCAGAUGUAUUUCUUCUUCUUAUUUGGGGCUGCUGAGUGCUGCCUCCUGGCCACAAUGGCAUAUGACCGCUAUGUGGCCAUCUGUGAUCCUUUGCAGUACCCAGUCAUUAUGAGCCACAGGGCCUGUGCCCAGCUAGCAGCUGCCUGCUGGUUCUCAGCGUUUCCAGUGGCUGUCGUGCAAACCACAUGGAUUUUCAGCUUCCCUUUUUGUGGCCCCAACAGAGUGAACCACUUUUUCUGUGACAGCCCCCCUGUCAUUGCCCUGGUGUGUGCUGAUACCUCACUGUUUGAACUGAAGGCUCUGACAGCCACUGUCUUAUUCAUUCUCUUCCCUUUCUUGCUGAUCCUGGGGUCUUAUGUCUGGAUCCUCUCCACUAUAUUCAGGAUGCCUUCAGCUGAGGGGAAACACAAGGCCUUCUCCACCUCCUCCUCCCACCUCCUGGUUGUCUCCCUCUUCUAUAGCACUGCCAUCCUCACAUACUUCCGACCCCGAUCCAGCACCUCUCUUGAGAGCAAGAAACUGCUAUCUCUCUCCUACACAGUGGCGACUCCCAUGUUGAACCCUAUCACCUAUAGCUUAAGGAAUAGUGAAGUGAAGGCUGCACUGAGGCGAGUCAUCCACAGGACCCUGGGCCCUCAGAGACUAUGA